GAGAGGAGCAGCACUGCCCUGGCACAGGGACAUCACUUGCCAGCCUCAGAAGGCUUUGCAGGGCCUUGCUCUUCCCCUUGCUGAGCACUUCCGCAGCACAAGUGUCUGCCUGGCCACAGCACGAUGGGCCAGCUGGCCUCCUGCUUCUCCCGGUGCGUGCCUGCUCUGUCUCUGUGGCACCAGGCAUGGCUGGUUCCCAGCAGAGCCCUGUAUCUUAUGUCCACAACUGUGUCCUUUGCAGGGGGAGCUCCGGUGGCAGACAACUGGGUGUUGUGUCCCAACAGCAUCCUGAGCUGCUCCACUGCGAGUGUGUGGAGGUGACCUGGCGUGGGAGAACGAGGAUGCGACACCUCCUGCUUUUCCAAGACACCCUUGCUAUUGACAAGCGCAGACGUGGCACCAGGUUCUGGCUACAGCACAGAGUGUGUCUCAGCGAGCUGUGGGUGGUCUACAGUGAGAAGGCAGCGUGUGGAUGUGAAGAGGAAGAGACAGUGUUGGGCCUGGACUGCUGCAGCACCCUCAUCCUCAUCUGGCCCAGCAGCUUCUGCGUGGUCACUUUCAUAUCCCGACAGAGAAAAGAGUUUUGGCUGGACACCAUCCUCAGGCAAAGGAGCAGAGUCCCGGAAAUGCGGGUGAUCCCGUUGCCCUCGAUUGGUCUACUCGUGCAAGUCUUGGGCCUCAGUGGAUCUCCGGUGACGUUAACUUCUGAGACCAUCAAGGCUUUGGUUCAGUGCCAGGCAAAUUUGGCCUGGGAGAGAGAGGAACCCGCUGGCCCUAUCCGCUUGGCCUAA